GUGAAUAAUCAUAUAAAAUGGCUUUCUGGUUCAACUGAACCUGCCAUACUCUAACUUUCUAUCACAAAGCAUCACUAACUUCAUCAAUGGAAAGAUUGCAACAAAUUGCUAAACAAGCUACUUCAAGCGUGGCUGCCCCUGCCGCCCCUGCUCAUCCUUUGGACCCUCUUAGCCCUCAAGAAAUUAAGGCUGUCGCCUCUGUGGUCACCAGUCACUUCAAGGACAAGAAAAUUAUCUUCAACACCGUCACCUUGAGAGAGCCUAUCAAGAGAGCAUACUAUGAGUGGAAGGAGAAGAAUGGCCCUGUUCCUCCAAGAUUAGCCUACUAUGUCGUGGUGGAACAAGGCUUCAACGGUGUGAAGGAGGGUGUGGUAGACAUUCCUUCUUUGACCGUGGUGGAAUCCCGGAAUACCAGUGACGUCCAGCCAAUUUUGACUCCCCUGGACCUCCAAUCCACCGAGGACAUUGUGAGAUCCGACCCUAAUGUGAUCAGGCAAUGCGAGAUUUCCGGCAUUCCAAAGGAGGAAAUGAAAAAUGUCUACUGCGACGCUUGGACUAUUGGCUACGAUGAGAGAUGGGGUGCUUCUAGAAGACUCCAGCAAGCUUUGAUGUACUGGAGAUCGGACGAAGACGACUCGCACUACUCGCACCCAUUGGACUUCUGUCCCAUUGUGGACAUGAACGAGGGCAAGGUUAUCUACAUUGACAUUCCAAACAGAAGAAGAAAGGUAUCCAAGCACAAGCAUUCUUCUUUCCAUCCCAAGCAUAUUGCUGAAAAGUUCGGUACUCCCGAAAACCCAACUGGUUUUAGACAGGAUGCCACCCCAUACAACGUUACUCAACCAGAAGGUGUUUCCUUCAAAUUGGAUGGCAACAUCAUGGAAUGGUCUAACUUCAAGUUUCAUGUGGGCUUUAACUACAGAGAGGGUAUUGUCUUGUCUGACAUUACUUACAACGAUCAUGGCAACGUGAGACCUCUUUUCCACAGAAUCUCGUUGUCGGAGAUGAUUGUUCCAUAUGGAUCUCCUAACUUUCCUCACCAGAGAAAGCACGCCUUGGAUAUUGGUGAAUAUGGUGCUGGUAACUGUACAAACCCCUUGGCUCUCGGAUGCGACUGCAAGGGUGUGAUUCACUACAUGGAUGCCCAUUUUCCAAGUAAGGAAGGAGAUGUUCUCACUGUGAAGAAUGCAGUUUGUAUUCACGAGGAGGACGAUGGAAUCUUGUUCAAGCACUCUGACUUCAGAGAUGAUUUUCAAACCACCGUGGUGACCAGAGGAAAGAAGUUGAUUAUCUCGCAGAUCUUCACCGCUGCCAACUACGAGUACUGCUUGUACUGGAUUCUCAGACAGGACGGUACUAUCAAGUUGGAAAUUAGAUUGACUGGUAUAUUGAACACUUUCGUUUGUUCUGAGGGUGAGGAUGUCGGUCCAUGGGGUACUCAGGUUUACCCACAAGUCAAUGCUCACAACCAUCAGCACUUGUUCUCUUUGAGAUUGGACCCAAGAAUCGACGGUGAUAACAACUCUGUAGCUACCUCCGAUGCGUCCCCUGGAGCUGGUGCAACUGGCUCUCCUCAGAACAUGUACGGUAACGCCUUCUACGCUCAUAAGAACACGUUCAAGACUGUUGGCGAUUCUUUGACCGAUGCAACGACCACUAGAACUUGGGACAUCUUCAACCCAAGCAAGUUGAACAAGUUUUCCGGCAAGCCAUCUUCUUAUAAGUUGGUAUCCACUUGGGCUUCUCCUCUUUUGGCUAAGGAAGGUUCUUUGGUGAGAAAGAGAGCCCCAUGGGCGGCUUGGACCACUGAGGUUGUUCCUUACAAGGAUGAGGGCUUGGGAUACGGUAGGUUGUACCCAUCCGGUGACCAUGUCGCGCAAUGGUCUGGUGACGGGGCUAGGGGUAUGAGAGAAUGGAUUGGUGAUGGUUCUGACAACGUUGAAAACACAGAUGUUCUCGUGUUCCAUACUUUUGGAAUCACUCACUUCCCAUCCCCAGAAGACUUCCCGCUCAUGCCUACUGAGAUCUUCGACCUCAUGUUGCGCCCUAGACAUUUCUUCACUGAGAGUCCAGUCCUUGAUGUUAAACCAUCUUAUGCUAAAACAACAUCCGAAGUCAAGAGCGGCGCUUCGGGAACAGACUCAUGUACCUUGAGUGUGGACAAGUCAUCCAGAUUGGCCUUUUCCGAGACCUCCAGUUGCUGCAAGAAGUGAUGCUCUUCCUCCGAUUCCAUACGUUAAUAUUUAAAUAGGGUGUUUUAUAAAGCUAUUACCAGAUACCAUGCAAAAGA